AUGAUCGCUGGGGUUGAAGCAGGUUUAUACAAUAAGAGUAUUGGAGUAAAAGAAGAUAUAAUUAGCGAAGUUAAGAAAGUAGUAAAUAUGCAUUUGGAUAGAUAUACUAAGUUAGGGGUUAAGAACUUAUCUAAAGUACAGCUAGACGCUAUCCAUUAUCUUAAAUCAGAUGAAACUAUUAUAGUGAUACCCGCUGAUAAAGGUAAAAAAGUAGUGGUAAUGAAUAUUGAUGAUUAUAUUAAGAAAGUUGAAGAUAAACUGAAUACGAAAGAUUAUAUUGUUGAGCAAAAUGAUAGAUUUAAAACAAUAAAGAAGAAGUUUGAGAUAUUAUUAUCGGAAUUAGUGGGUAAGAAAGAAAUGGAGAAAGAAACUAUGGAAUAUUUAUUGAGUGAUAAAAACAUACCGUACGUGAGGGGACAAGUGGAAGUACAUAAAGAGGGUAGUCCUAUGAGAAUCAUUGUCUCAAUGAGGGAUACAAUGUCUUCAAACUUGACUAAAUAUUUAGCAAAGAUAACUAAAUCAUUAGCAGAUGGAGUUCGUUGUAUUAAAAGUACACAAGAAUUUAUUAAACAGCUUUACUAA